CCGCCAUGGCCUCGGGCGCGCAGUCCCCGCCGCGGCCGGCGGCCUGGGAUGAGGUCAGAGCCGACCCGCGUCCGGGCGGGCGUCCUGGCGAGCGUACGGAGGAGAUGGCCCUGCGCCUCCUUCUCCCAGCGCCUCCGUGGAACGUCUCUCUCCCCCCGGCCACCCAGAGCAGGUCCCCGGAGGCGUGCCCGCCCGGAGCCGCCCGGCUGCCCGAGCCGUCCGCGAGAAGAUGCCCGCGGCUGGCAGCGCGGACGCCACGAGCCGCAGGCCCCGCCGCCGACGCCACUCCCGCCCCCCCGCCGCCGUCCCUCGGGCCGGAGCGCCGGCGGGUGCCGUGUGACUUGGAGGGUCUCCUGGACGAGCGCCGGAUGGCCGCCCACCUGAAACUGGCCCUGAGCCGCGAGGCGCGCCUGUGGCGGGGCGGCCGCCCCCAGCAGGUGCAGUUCGUUGACACUUUCCAGGAAGUUGUGUUGCAGCUCCUGUGGCUGGAGAACAUCUUUCACUUCUCUCAGGGCACUUUCAACCUGGCUCUCACUAUCUUCCACCGCCUCCUGGUUUCGGUAAAGGUAAAAGAAAGGUUACUUCAUUGUGUCACAAUUACUUCCUUGAGACUUGCUGCGAAGGUGAAUGAAGAAGAGGAGGUAUGCACCCCUGGAAGUCCCCUCUGGGCUGCUUUUGAGUUAAUUCCACGCAUAAAAGACUUCAUAAAGCACUAUGGCUCUGGCUAUACCUCGAAUGAGUUGCUGAGGAUGGAGCUGGCUAUUUUGGACAAACUGCACUGGGACCUCUAUAUUGGGACGCCGCUGGACUUCUUGACCAUAGUAAGUCCGAGGAGUUUUCAGAGUCUACACUAGACUCAUGUGUGCCUUUGGAACAGCUGCUCACAAC